AUUAGUUAAUUUUCAACAAUAGAUUUUUUUGUUGUCACCACAUACAUCAGUCUGGGCACAUCAUAUCUGGCAUCGAUAGCCAACUCUACUCAAUUCCCGAGCCCGACGCCAAUAUUAGCAUUUAUUGAAUCUCCUACCUCAUUAUCUUUUCUCUUUUGUGCCUAAGACACUUAUGGCCGCAAAAAAAAGCCUCUCCGCUUUUGUUGGUCUAUUUUUAUUUUCUUGGCAGAACACCAAAAGAGUCAUUUCCAGUGUUUCUUCCAGACUUCGAUCUUUGGGCUGGGACUUGAAAUUUUAUGGGGAGGUGGGGGGCGGACUAAAACUUCCAGGGGAGUCGUAGGAUCCACAACAACGAUGAUGAUGAAGCUGAAUGACCGGCACUCAAAUUUUAAAAUAGAUUUCAUUUCUCACUUUUAAAUGGAAACAUCCGGACCUCGAAUCUAGUAACUAAAAAUAGUAAAAACUUAUUUCGACGGUAAACAAAAAACGGGAAAACCUCACAUUACAAAGAUAUGACUAAAAAAUCUAAAAAUAAACCUCUGGAAUAUCCAGGCACUAUCGUCAUUUCUCAGCAGUCUACAACAAAAGAGAGACCUCAUAGACAAGAGAGACUGUCUUGUUGUCCUGCCCUUCUGGUUAUAGGCCCUAUAACAGCAAUGCAAGACAUGGAAACUACCGCAACAAUAGAAGAGAAAAUUGAGCCAAUUCCUACAGAUGUGGCCAUAAAGAAAAUCCAACAAGAUCCAGCAAAUUCUGGGAUGACAGAUAUUUUUUAUCCAGGAAAUCAUGAAGUUGAGGUAUGCUAUGGAGGAGAAGCUGAUCUACACAAACAUGUUACUGGCUGCACAAAGAAUCCAGGUCACAAAGAUUUUAUACCUCUUAAAGAUUUCAACGCAGGUUGUCUCCCCUCACCUUAUUAUGACGACGAGCUCAUGUAUGAGACAAUCAAAACAUUGGCAGCCCUAACUGUCCAGGUAAAGACUAAAUUCACCAGUCUAGAGAGACCAGAAUUUUACCCAGACACUCAAUUUCCAUAUCCAUCUUAUAAUGUCAGAGGACGUCACGUGAUGAGGUUAGGGACGGGGAGGGUGUGUAGUGUGUACAAACACAGAGAGAGAGAUAACAAUGGCACUUGUCGUUGUACCAAGUGUCAAGUCUCUGCCACACCCAGUAAAGAGUGGGGGGUGGUUAAUGUGUUGACAGCCACACACGUGGUGUUUGAUACUAGUGAGGCGAGACAGACCAAAUGCGUUUUAGGUUUUGAUGAUAAUCAAAGUCCAAUGGUCAGUCUUGAUGGCUGGGAGGUGUUGGAUGAGAUAGACCUUGGGAGAGACAUGUGUGAGUUGAGAUAUGUGACUUGUGACUUAAAUUUGGUUGAUGAACUGGGAAAGAUGUGUGUGCGCUUUAAUGAUCUAUGUAAGGAGGUAUGGGUCAAAUACGGGAGAUUUUUCGAUGUGGACAAGUUGAUCGUUAUAGUGUCACAUCCUCAUGGCUGUCCUAAACAGGUCUCUGUAGGAAAAUGGACACACAAACAUGAGAGGGAUGGCUGGACCAGGUACUGGUACACAACAUGUACAUGUCCAGGCUCCAGUGGAGCACCUGUCUACAGGCUGGGAUAUGUCUUGUUGUAUCGCCAUCCCCACAGUGGAUCAAAUUCUGAAGGAAAUUAUAGUGGGGAGUUUUUUCACUAAUGUAACUGUUAGUUCUCUCCCCUUGUUUACACAGUUUAAACAAACAAAAUGGCGGAACUUUUCCCGUCUAUAGCCCCAUGUACACUGCAUUUAAUGUCUUCUAAAUUUAUUUUAUACACUUUUAACAAAUUGAUUGAAAUGCUUUGUUUCCGUUACAUGCUUUAAUCGUCAUUUUAAUCUGUCUCUUUCUCUCUAUUCUACUUUUGGAAGAUCUAAUCAGUUUGGCUGUAAAUAUGAACAUUAUUUUGUUAAUGAAUGUCAUUGAAUUGUUUUGCACGAUUUAAAAUGAAGAAUGUUUUGAUUUGAAUAAAAUAUUUAUCAGAAAACUUUUCA